AUGACGCCGCAAGAUAUCGCAGACUUGCUCCAGCGCAAUGGCCGCGGAGAGUCGGCCGAAGAGUACGACGAGACUCUUGAGGCGGAAUCUGUAGUGCAGCGUCGAACCGAGCUCCUGGCAGAUGUGCUCAAGUCUUGCCAGGAGCUGCGAGCCUCGGACAGGACUCAGCUCGAAGCGGUGGCUGAGAAGCUGGGAGACGGCAGCCGGGAUGAGGCGUGGCGUUUGCCAUAUGGUGACUCUGGCAUUUUGGCAUUUUUCCUCGAGGAGCUUGCCAAGGACGGCAUUAGCAACAAGCUCAAAAUCCAAUCCCUGCGAAUUGUGGGAAAUGCAUGCGCAGACACAAAUAAGAACCGAGCUCUCAUGGUGGAGGGAAACCGCCUAGAGGCAGUUAUUCGUCAGCUAAGUGACGAGAGUGUCGUUCAAUUCACCAUUCCGGUGCUAUACAAUGUCAUGGUCGACUACGAUCCUGCCCAAACUCUUGCCUCGGAUCUCAAGAUCAGCCAAGCUAUGAUCAGGCUCCUCUCCUCGCCAAACCUAUCACAAUUCAUUGGCGUCGUCCUGUACUUUUGCCGCAUCCUCGCGCUCAUUGUCAACAAAGACUCCGAGGCCGCCAUAGCCGCCGAAAAUACUGUCGCCGUGCUCCUCUCCGUCGCCAUCAACACGUCCUGCAAAGACGACGUGGAGGAGUUUGCCUCGCUCGGCUCCGUGGCCGUCGCCUACCUCGCUGCCGAGAGGUUUCAGCGCCUCGCCCUCUCCCAGGACCAGAUUGGCCUCUUCUUGGACGCCUUUCGCCACGCCCACGAGGGCUUCGACCUGGCGCACGUCGACGACCCAGACAUGGCCACCGCUCUGAAGCAGCUCCGCCUCUCGAUGCUCAACAUGGUCGCCGAGCUGACGGCCCAGGAUGCCUUUCACGAGACGUACCCGCUGACGUCGGCGCCCGCGCAGACGGUGCUCUCCUGGCUCCGGAGCAGCAACGUGCAGCUCCAGGCGGCCGCCUGCCUCGCGCUGGGCAACUUGUCGAGAUCAGAUGCCGCGUCGACGUCGCUGGUUGAGCAGUACGCGCCGCAAGAGGCACUCGUCGACAUCCUUACUAACCCGGCCGUCACCGACUCGCAGCUCCUUCACUCGGCGCUGUCAUUCCUCAAGAACUUGGCUAUACCCGUGCAAAACAAGCCGGCGCUGCGUGCGCUGUUGGAGUCGGCCUGUCUUCCACGCAUCUACGGCCUAGACGCGCAGCCGCAAGUGCAGUACGCCGCGGUGUCGCUGACAAGGCUCCUGCUCUCCAACUGCCCAGACAACGUAUCGCAGUUCUGUCAAGACACCAGCCAAACGGAGACGACCGCAGACAGCGAGUCUGGUGCGGCGGAGAAGAGCAGCAGCGUGGAUGACUUGGUUUCUCUCUUUGGCCGCACCGACACGGAGCCCACCAAGGUCGAGGCCGCGCGGGCCAUUGCCGCCAUCUGCCGCGUCUUGCACUCCAAUGCCGCCGCGGAGCUGCUCCCGCGAUACGGAGACUCGGACAGUGAGAGCCGAUCUGCGUUUUAUGCCCGCCACGAUGUGGGUGCGCCGCUCGCCUUUCUCGUCACGCAGGAAAAGUGGCAGAUUCUGCGCUCCGAGGCGUGGUUCGUACUCGCUCUCAUGUCUCGCUCCGUAGACGGCUCUCGUGUCAUUGCUGCCGUGCUGCAGCAGGAGAAUGUUUCGGCACAACUGACGGAGACCAUCACUGGCCAGAAGAACAGCGCUCAGGUCACAGAAGUGGACGAGGCCACGGAUGAGAGCACAACCGCUCUGUCGGCGGUCGAGGGCCUGGGCUUGCAGCCCCAGCAGGCCGAUCCGAAGCAGAAGGAGCGUAUUGCGGCCAUUGAGCGUGAAAAUGCUCUGGUCAUGUGUACGGAGUUGCUGAGAAACUGGAAUGACGACUUCAAGCCGUUGAGCCGUGGCUUCUUGGAGGGUCUGCUAAAAGAUGGCACCGAGAUGAUCGUGGCGCAAAGGAGCAAAGAAUCUGCUGCAGCAUAA